GUCGCAAACACAGUCAGGAGUUCCGUCAGUUCUAUCUACACACGUUUAAUGGCGGCUGAUAAAUAGCAACAAAGACUCGAUAUAGAGUUUGGUUCUUGUUUUGGUUUUUAAUUGUAGUUUCGGGACAGUUUGACGUCAGUUUACUCCUCAGAGUGACAGUCCGCUGACUUCGGGAAGAUUCUGUCCUCACCCGCUGCCAUGGAAACAGAGGAGCAGGCCAGGAACCGUUUCCAGUCUGAGCUGGAGUUCGUCCAGUGUCUGGCCAACCCCAACUACCUGAACUUCCUGGCCCAGAGAGGCUUCCUGAGGGAGAGACCGUUCAUCAACUACCUCAAAUACCUGCUGUACUGGAAGGAGCCCGACUACGCCAAGUUCCUCAAGUACCCUCACUGCCUCCACAUGCUGGAGCUCCUCCAGUACGAACACUUCAGGAAGGAGCUGGUCAACGCUCAGUGCUCCAAGUUCAUAGAUGAGCAGCAGCUCCUUCACUGGCAGCAUUACUCCAGGAAGAGGACGAGGCUCCAACAGGCCCUGGCCGAGCAGCAGCAGCCUCAUCAGCCGCCGCCACAACCCCACGGCAACGCCGCCGCCAAGUCGUGACAUCACAGGAAGUGGGAGGAGCUCGGACUUUAAAGCUUUUCGCUUUCACUCCAGCAGAAACGGAUGCGGCCACUUCCUGGACUGUUCAACUCUGUAUGAAUCCGUGAUGAAUCUGAGGAUGACGGUCGCUCAUUGGUUGAUAAUAAAGCUCUAAAAAAAAUAAAAAAAAAACACACACACACCAUGAAUCCUUUUAACAAGAUAACGUUUUUUCUUUCUUUUUAAUAAAAUAUAUCGAAAUGUCAAA